CCCUUCGACUUUUUCUUAUAUUUUCUCUCCAAAAACUCUCUUGGCUUCAACAGAGUUCCCCUGUUUCUCUCUGUAUCUCUGUUCUUCUUAUAACCGUUUUGCUGAUGGAUUCUUGGAGCUAUGGGGACAAGUGUUUUCUUGCCUAAUGAAAUCUCCCCUUCCACCUUCUGAUUCCUUUCCUGAGAAUCCAAGAUCCAUGUCUCUGGGACUCUCUAAUGAGUUUGACAAGGAUGAUGUUAAUGGAUUCAGUGCUCUUUCUUCCAGUUUGUGGAUGGAUGAGAACCUGUCUUCUUCUUCUUCAAACUUGUCUAGGCUAGAUUUCAAACUUAGGAGCUUUAUGGAUUACGGGAACUAUGAUGGUAGAGACUUUACUCUUGCGGCUAAAAAGCCUCGAGCUUCAAGCUCUCCUUUGUGUCAAGUCUAUGGUUGCAAUAUGGAUCUCAGCUCUUCUAAAGAUUACCACAAAAGGCAUAGAGUUUGCGAGACUCACUCAAAGUCUUCUAUGGUUAUAGUUAACGGUAUUGAACAGAGGUUCUGCCAACAGUGCAGCAGGUUUCAUUUCCUCUCAGAGUUUGAUGAUGGGAAAAGAAGUUGCAGAAGACGAUUAGCAGGUCACAAUGAGCGAAGAAGGAAGCCUUCUUUCUAUUUCCUACCAGGUAAGCAGCAGAAGAACCGGCAUAAGCUUGUUCCUCAAGGUAACAAGUUUCCUGGUAGUUUCUUGUACAGAGUGAUGGAUGAGCAAGACCACCACCGUGCAAGUAGACUCGUGAGUUUCAAAGACGAACCUACUUGUGGUGCUCACUCUCAUCUGUCAGCUCACUCCCAACAACACGUCUCCUGAAAUCCAAACAAAAUUUUCUCAAUUACUCAACCAAACAAAACUUUCAGUCACUCAACAAUAAGCUAUCAUCACAUGCAACCACCGUUGAGGACAGAUCUUGGCAAGACCAAAACUAGUACUUCAUCAUCCACAGUUGAUCUGAUGCAACUGUCAUUGCAUCUUAGAAGAAUCGAGCAACAACAAAGGAGUUUCACUGGUGAUGUGAAGCAGGAAUAUAAUAAUGAGCUUUAUUUUCCCUAGCUCCUAACAUAAAAGGUUACAACAUUCUUAUUUCUAUAAGACCGGCUUGAGAAGGAUAAGGCAAAUCUAAGGCUGCAUGGUUUGUUUAGUUUCUGAGAUGGUUAGAUUAGUAGAAUAAAGAUUUAAGUAUGGUUACAACUUACAAGUGUUUUUGUAACUGAUCUUGUUUAUUAUUAUUAGUCACCAGUCUGAAAAAAAAUAAUUUGAUUCAGAUAUCUAUAUGCCUGCUUAUUUCACAGUGUUUCAGUCUUUUUGUUUAUUGUUAUUUUCAGACAGUUUGUAUAUAACGAUGUGAUGAAUAUUCGCUGUAAAAGUUAAUUUG